CAAUGUAAUUACAACUCAACCCUGUUCUGUACUCUGCAGCUACUUGUAGUUCGUUCGGCAAUCGUUAUUCGUGGCUGUGUGGUGGAUUAAAUUAUAUCCGAAUUCAUCAUUAUUACCUCGGUUUAAUUAUUUUAAUUUUUCGAAAUGGUUCAAAGGAAAAUCAAAGGCAAGAAGGGAAAGAAGAAGAUUGCAGCUGCUCCUCUGGCAGCUAAGAAGAUUGAAGCCAGAAAAACUGUAAAUCCCCUUUUUGAAAAGCGGCCACGCAACUUUGGAAUUGGGCAGGAUAUUCAACCAAAACGCGAUUUGAGCAGAUUCGUAAAAUGGCCUAAAUACAUUCGUCUACAGAGGCAACGAGCUGUCUUGUACCAACGUUUGAAGGUUCCUCCACCAAUUAAUCAGUUUACUCAAGCACUUGAUAGGCAGACAGCAACACAGUUAUUCAAGCUUUUUGACAAAUACAGACCCGAAAGUGCACAAGCCAAGAAGGAAAGGUUGAGGAAAAGAGCUGAACUAAGAGCUCAGGGUAAAGAUGAUGUGCCCACUAAACGACCACUUGUGGUUCGACAAGGCGUCAACACCAUUACAAGUUUAGUGGAACAGAAAAAAGCCUUGCUUGUUGCUAUUGCUAAUGAUGUAGACCCUAUUGAGUUAGUAUUGUUCUUGCCUGCUCUCUGCAGAAAGAUGGGUGUUCCAUAUUGCAUUGUAAAAAAUAAAUCCAGGCUUGGACGUGUUGUUGGAAGGAAGACAUGCACGUGUCUUGCUUUGAGUGGUGUGAACCCUGAGGACAGAAAUAACUUAAACAAGUUGGUUGAAUCAGUGAAGACCAACUUUAAUGAAAGAGCUGAAGAGAUUCGAAGACACUGGGGUGGUGGCAUCUUGGGUGCCAAAUCAGCAGCUCGUAUCAACAAGAUUGAAAAAGCCAGAGCGAAAGAACAAGCCCAGAAAGUGGGUUAAGAGGGCCGUCUGGUGUUAAAUUACAAAUAAUAAUAAACGGACUUUCCUCA